AAUGAGAAAAAAAAUCUUUGGCAAAAAGAAUAUUGAAAAGUUCCCAUUCUUUGAUUUGUUCAACCUUUGUAAGAAUGACAGAGGUGCUCCACUCCUCAUCUUCCUCUUCUUCCCCUUCAAUAUCCACACCGACCCACAAUGCCACGUUGUUUCGUCAGACUCAGUCAUAUGCGGGUGAAGAGGGGCUUUCUGAUGUGACGGGCGGUGACAUUGAAGAGGAGGAGGAGGAAGAAAAUAGCGUGAAGGAGAAGAGAGAGAAAGACAGAAGGGAUCAACUUUCUCUUUUGGCACUUUUGGUGACUCUCUUUCGAAAGAGUUUUUGGUUGGCUUGCAAGACGGAUAGAGAAGAAUUUUCUCGUGGCGGCAGUGGCGUCGGCAGUGCCAAUUGUGGUUGUGGUGUUAUGGAAAUUGGAUGGCCCACUGAUGUGCAGCAUGUUAAUCAUGUUACCUUUGAUCGAUUUGAUGGGUUUUUGGGAUUGCCCGUGGAGUUUGAGCCUGAAGUACUCCGGAGUGCCCCUAGUGCAAGCGCCACUGUUUUUGGAGUUUCUACAGAAUCAAUGCAGCUAUCAUAUGAUCCUAGAGGCAAUAGUGUUCCAACCAUUCUCAUACUGCUGCAAAGGCGUUUGUAUGCUCAAGGAGGCCUGCAGGUGUAUUAUUCCUUCUCUGCUUGGUUCAGAGAACUACCGAGAGGGGUGCUGGAUUCUCUAUCGCCUGAGGAGGUAAUGCAGUGCCAGUCAGAAGAGGAUUGUGAUGCACUUGUAAGGCUUCUACCUUCAACAGAGGCUGCACUGUUGGAUUGGGCCAUCAACCUAAUGGUCGAUGUUGUCCAACAGGAACAUCUAAACAAGAUGAAUGCACGCAACAUUGCAAUGGUAUUUGCUCCGAACAUGACACAGAUGGCAGAUCCAUUGACGGCAUUGAUGUAUGCAGUACAAGUGAUGAACUUCCUCAAGACUCUUGUAGAGAAGACAUUAAGAGACAGAGAAGAUUCCCUUAUAGAUCCAGCGCCUACCUCCCGCAUGGAACAUUCUGAUGAUAAUGGCCAUCAGGAUUCUUCGCAACUACAUCUGGAUAAUCCCGUUGAAUCAAAUGAAGAUAGAGAAGAGACCUACAUUGCAGAGGAUCCCAAUUCAGAUGGUGCUUCUGAUUCCAACCUAGUGGAUAACCUCACCGACGAGGAGCAUCUCACUUAUUCAACGUCUACUGAAGAAUCUGAUGUAAGUGUAUCACCUGCUCAAGUUUACGGUAUCAGCAGUGGAGGAGAAGCCAAAGUAAUGAAUGCUCUUCAGACUCAGCUUGAUCACGUGGUGACUGCUAGGAAUGCAAGAGGGCAAAGAAAAAAGGACAAACAAAAACCCCGAAAAUUGACAUAUAACCUAGAUAUUUGGAACCUCAAUUUUUUUCCUCGGCAAGCAAUGCAUCCAGCGAAUGAAGGAUCUAGUUGA